AGACGAUCGACAACAAAUCUACUUCGAAAUAACAGAGUCAUGCAUACGAUGCCAAUAUUCUCACAGAGAGAGCGAUCAUCGAGACCAUCUAGAAUGCACCAUAGAAAAGGUAAAAAUGGUUCAUCUGGCAACGCAGCUGUUGGAAAAUCUAUUGGAAGACGGGAAAGUGGUAUGGAGGCAAUGACAAAACUACGAUACUUGAACAAAAAACCACUGUGCUUACAGUAUAAUGUACCAACGUCAUACGGAAGGAAACAUUAUGCUCCUGGAGCGAAACGGAGGGAGCAAUCAUUCAUUGUCGUUAUUCUCUGUGGGAUUGCUCGAUUAAUGCAAUGGGCGGCGGUGGAAUUUCAGCAAGCUGCUGUGGAUUUCCUCGUUAAACCUGCCCAUGAACUAUUUCCCGAUGAGCUUCCAAAUCAAUGCUUCCAAUCAUCUUUCUAUCGUAGUCCGCUUCAAUUAAAAAAGAGACCUGGAAAACGAGCAAUUGUUCGAAGAUCCGAUGUAUCCAGAAUGCUUCAAUCGUUAGAUACAAAAAUAUUUUAAUUUCAAAGUGUCAAAAAUUUUCUGUAUAUUUCUUUUACAUUUUUAUCAAACUUCUUCAGUCACUUCUAUUCACCCAAUUCUCUCACGUCAGAGAACAAAAUCAUGACAGAUUUGCUCAGAACACGUGCAAAUAUCCGAAAAUUUACCCUCUUUAUCAUUACUAUUUGUUCUCAAAACUAUAUCAUCUCUCAUUUUUUCGUGUUGAUCUUACUCAAGUGUUUUCUGUUUUUACUCGAAAUCCCCCGUGAAUUACGACUUUUUGUAUAAUUUGGUGAAGUAUUAAGAAUUUUUUACUGGGACUUUUAUCUACUGUAUUGCUGCUUUCUAAAUGAAAUGUUUUACGUGGAUUUUAAU